CCCCCUUCCUCUCCAGCAACCCCGCAGAACCUUCUCUUUGGUAUGUUCCAAGAUGGCGGCCCCCGUGGCGCGGUGCGGACUUCUGGCGCGAAAAAUAGCUCUAUCUCACCUCUUCGCAGGUAAAAGAUGCCUGCUUUCUGCAGCAUAUGUGGACAGUCAGAGGUGGGAAGCAAGAGAAAAGGAAGAUUAUCAUCUUGCUGAUCUAGCAUCUCUAAUGGAUAAGACAUAUGAGAGAAAGUUGCCUGUUAGUUCUUUAACGAUAUCCCGGUUUGUAGACAUUAUUUCAUCUCGAGAAGAAAUAGACCAUGCAGAAUAUUACCUUUACAAAUUUCGGCACAGCCCCAACUGCUGGUACCUGAGAGAUUGGACUAUCCACACCUGGAUUAGGCAGUGUCUAAAAUUUGGUGCACAGGACAAAGCACUAUACACUAUUGCAAAUAAGGUUCAAUAUGGAAUUUUUCCAGACAACUUUACAUUCAAUAUACUGAUGGAUUAUUUCAUAAAGAAAGAAAGUUACAAAGAUGCUUUAUCUGUGGUUUUUGAAAUCAUGAAGCAAGAAGCCUUUGAAAUUCCUUCCACCCAGCUUCUCUCCCUCUAUGUUUUAUACCACUCUCUGGCAAAGAAGACAGACCUCAAUUGGGAAGAGGAGAGGAACUUUGGUGCAUCCCUGUUGCUCUCGGGUUUCAAGCAAAAGAACUCACUGGGAUUGAGUUCCCAGUUGUAUGGUUAUGCACUUCUUGGGAAGGUGGAAUUGCAGCAAGGCCUCCGGGCUGUGUACCAUGACAUGCCUCUGCUGUGGCAAUCAGGCUACCUAGGAAGAGCCCUUCAAGUAAUAGAGAUGGUGGCCUCUUCUCCAGAAGAUGGAAAGCUGUGUAGUGAAGCGCUUGAUGUACUGGAUGGAAUACUGAAGGCUCUGACAACUCCAGUACCUAUAUCUUCAGAGAAACAGCCCCAGGAAGGGGACAACAACCAUGAGUCCACAGAACUGGUGGAGCAAUUGGAUAUGGAGGAAACAGAACAGUCCAAGCUUCCCCGGUACCUGGAACAGUUCAAGGCCUUGCAUUCCAAGCUUCAGACUCUGGGCAAAGUUGAGUCAGGAAGUCUUUUGACUCUGGCCACCCGGCUUGUGAAAGAACAGCUCCCCACUUAUGAAGCAGAGGACAUUGCUGCCUACGAGCAGCAGCUACAGCAGUGGCACCUGGAGCUGACACAGUUGAUUCAAAGGGAGCAGGAACAGAGGGAGAAGGCAAAGCAGGAGUACCAGGCUCGAAGAGCUGCUAAGGCAUCUGCCUAAUAGGACCAUCGGUCCUAACCCAGCCAUGUCAUGAGGACUUCUUCACCAGACUGCAACACAAAAUCCAUAGCGACCAUGAUGGCAGCCUCAGCUUCCUUCAUCUUCUUUUCUUAAAGCAGACCCCUAUGGUAUAAAAUCCACAAUGUUUAUUAGGACUCUUGACUAUCCAUCCAGAUGCCAGGAAGGCUGUUCUAGGACAGUAGUCAAAGUGAAACUCUCCAACCUUAUUGUGAAAUUCUGGGAUCAACUCUGAACAUUGAAAGUUUUCAGUAUCUAGUGUGAUGGUGGUGAGAGGUCAUGACUGACUGAAGAAUCAGAUCUUAAGCAUAGGUUCUCAAAAGUGUCUCUCCCAGAGGGGAACUGCAUAGCUAGUGACCAUGUUCUUUUUGUUUGGUUGGUUUGUUUUGUAUUUGUUUUUUUUAUCUUCAUUUACUGGAUAGAAAUAGGGAGGGGGUUAUAGAGAAGGGAGAGAGAGAAAAACAGAGAUACCUUCACCACUCACAAAGCUUUCCCCUUGCAGGUGGGACUAAGGGCUCCAACCCGGAGUCCUUGCACUUUGUAAUGUGUGUCCAACCAGGUGUGCCACUAUCUGACCCCAGCAUGUCCUUUUCUGAGCUAGGGUGGGUGCUCAUAUUCCUCUUUCAUCCCCUCCUACCCCUUCCAGGUUUGAACUGGGAGUUCAGUAUACAAACACAAGGCCAUUGAACCCACUGACUUUCAAAUUUCAGAGCAUUUUAAAGCAUAGAACAAAAAAGCUAGCCCUAUCUCUGAAGCCCAUUCUGUCUUCUCUAUAAUGUUGGGGUAAAUUUUCCCUAUGCAUUGUCUCAAACUCUUCUAGUUAGUAAAAUGAGACUUAGAUGUAUACACACACACACACAGAGUCAAUCAAUUAAUUAGUCAGUCAUAGUUGUGAACUCUUAGUUGGGUUCAAGAAAUUGGAGAAAAUUAGAAAGGGGCUAGGUAAUACAUAGAAAAUAAAUAAUUGCAAAACCAUCAACAGAUGGAAAAUUCUUUUCUGGAAUUUCCCUGUGAUAGGGCUGGGUGUGGCUCUUAUUCACUUUUGCCUCUAAGAAAUAAGGGUAUACUUUUAUUCUGGAUUCUGCUCUUUUAUUAUAAAUCUACAGAAAUAAAAUACUAUGUAUUA